AUGGAUCAUUCCUUUGAUAUACCCUGUGAAGCUCGACUAUCAAAUUCAAUUUUCAAAAACCGAUUGAAACUAAAUCAAAAUAAAACGCCGAAAUCAAAACAAGAAAAACUAAUUACCGCCGAUUUGAAUAAUGCCGAGUUAACGCCUGGUGACCCAGAUCCCGUUGAAAAAUCAGAAAUGACUUCCGAGAACAAUGAUAAUCGUGUUGUAUAUCGUACGCCAAGUGUGGAUUCUGCCAAUCGAGUUAAAAAUCUCACAAAGGCCGAUGCUUUUCAUCGUUCAAUUUCAUUUAAUCCGUCAAAUACAACUUUAUUCUAUAUUACAUCAUCGACGCCUGAUGACAAUUCAAUGACCUAUUCAAAUUCUUCAGUCACUUCUGAUCAGCCUUCAUUAUCGGUACCUAAACAAGAAGUUUCAGUGACUUCCAAAGAAGAUUCUCUGGUAUCACAUGAUCAAGCCGAUCAGCGAUUACCAGCUGAACUAAUGUCUAAACAGCCGAGUCCAGUUUCAAUUCUAAUCGACGAUUUCGCCAAUUCAUCAAUUAGUAUCAAUAGCGGUCCGCCUGUAUCGAGACGAACAACGAUUUAUCUUGAAAAAGCACAGGAAAAUCCGAGUAAUUGUCAAUGUGCUGAUUGUAAUUCAGAAAAUCCGACCGUUGCCAUCAUGUCAUGGCUUUUGGUCAUAUGUAAAAAAUGUGCCGCUAUUCACCGUUUAAUAACAUCAGAUUUUCUUCGUCUUCAAUCGUUACUUACGAUUGCGUGUGAUCCUCAUUUGAUCGAAUUGUUAGUUGAGUUUGGAAAUCAAUUUUCCAAUAACCUACUGGAAAAUGACUCAUCACUACUGGUGAAACCAACUGAACAGUCGAAUGAUUUAGAACGUCAACAGUACAUAAGAAAAAAGUAUAUUGAGAAAAUUUAUUUACAAUCGUACUAUCGGCAUCGAACACUAUCACAAGAUGAAUUGAAUAGAAUGUUAUACGAAAACGUCGAAACCACUGAUUAUGGCAAAACGAUACAUUUAUUCAUGUUAGGAGCGAAUGCAAACUACUCGGACAAGAUGUUCUCCGUUGCCGAUCAUGCUAAACGACAUCAACAAACUAAACAGAUGAAAAUCAUUCUCGCCAAUGGUGUUUUAUUUUCUUUCGCGAAAGAAGUUAAUUGA